AUGACAUCAUUGUUGGACUCAAUCGUAACAUCGAUUCGAAAGUUGAAGAGUGGGACUCAGACUGUGGUUCAAACUCGUGAAAUUGAAUCAAUCAAACCAACAAUCAAGUUCAUUUGUGAUGGAUGCAAAUGUUUGAUUGAGGAUGGUCAGGAGAGAUUCUGUUGUUCAGAAUGUCCAGACUUUGAUCUGUGCAAGACAUGUUGGAUAAAGGAGGUUCGUUUCUAUCAACAACUUGAGAAACAACAAAAGAUUAGUGACGGUGAGCCACUCUCUCCUGAACUAAUGAACGCACCUACCGUCAACCAACCAUUGACCUACUCUCACACCGACUCUGCGCCACUUCCACAUUUAUUCACAAGGGAGAUAUACUCUCAACAAACAAAACUAAGUCUUAUGCAGGCUGAUACAACCUAUGAAUCGAUGCAGAACUCAUUCAGGGAGCAUAAACAUAGACGAUGUUUAGGACAGCGUAGAAGGGUACCGGUAUCGGAUAAGCAUCCAUUUGGUCUGGCAGAGUUUGUUUGGUUGACUUUUGAAGAGGUGUAUGAGUUGACAGAGACUUUUGGAAAGGCUCUGGCAUCAGUGGUACCCACCCGCACGUUCAUGGGCAUCUGCGCAAACAACUGUCUCGAAUGGUAUACAGCAGACUUUGCAGGACUAUGGUAUGGAAUGCCAGUCGUUCCAAUUCAUCAUCAGGUCAGCACAAGUGAUCUGGUAGAGAUAUUGGACAAUGCAGACAUUGGUGUCAUUGUGAUAUCAAGUGUGGCCAUGGACACCUUGGUUCAAGCAAUCGAUAUAAAUAGAGCGGCUAAUGGUGGUCGCUACACUGGCCAGUUGCGACUGAUCAUUCACAUGGAGAAUGAGUUUGAUGUGCAGCUGGUCGAUCGUGUCCCGUCAAAGAUCGACUUCAAACUGUACACAGAGAUGAUGGAGCUUGGCAAGACCAUAAAGAAUGCCAAGCACAAUCCAUUCAAAACAGAUGAGAUCAUAAGUGUCGUCUAUACAUCAGGUAGCACUGGCACACCAAAAGGUGUGAUCACAAAAGACAUCGAGUAUAACAAGUCAGUCACUGAUGGCUUCUCCAAGUAUCCAUCAUUGAUCCUAAGCUUUGCCACCUUGUCCCACUCACAGAGAGAGAAUGAUCACAGGAUAUUGUUCCAUGGAGGAAGAGUUGGAUUGUACUCAAGGAGCAUGGAGUCAUUGUUUGAUGAUGUUAGGACACUGCGACCAUCAUCAUUUUGGGCAGUCCCACGUGUUUGGAAUCUAAUAUACUCUCAGUAUGUCUGUGAGUUGGACAAGUAUGCAAAGGAGAACCCACAGGCAACAGAGAAGGAGUGCAAGAGUAAGACAAUUGAGAAGUUCUCUGGUAUGCUUGGCAACAGACUGCGAUACAUUGGUACUGGAGGAGCACCCAUCUCAAGCGAGGUACUCAAGUUCAUGCAAGAUUGUUGGCACCAAGUAUUGAAUGUGUGUGACAGCUAUGGUCUGAGUGAGGUGGCUGGCAUAUUCAUCGAUGGUCGCAUUGCUGAUGACAUCCAAUUCAGACUGGAGCCGGUGCCAGAGUUUGGUUACUCACCAUCUGAUCAACCCAAUCCACGUGGUGAGCUUGUUGUCAAGUCUGCUCGCAUGUCCACUGGCUAUCACAAGAAUGAAGAGUUGACCAAACAAUCAUUCGUCGAUGGAUGGUUCUUCACUGGCGACAUUGUCGAACAAAUAGGAUAUCGAAGGAUCAAGAUCAUCGAUCGCAAGAAGCAUGCUUUCAAGCUUAGCAAUGGAGAGUUUGUAGCCCCUGAACCAUUGGAGAAUGUAUUCCGCUCGAGUAAUAUGAUUGAGCAAAUAUUCAUUCAUGGAGAUAGGAUGAAGACAUUCUUGGUUGCGAUAGUUAUCCCAAGGAAGGGUGUUAUGGAGCAGUUUGGACUAAAGUAUAACAUUGAUAGUGAUGCAGUGCAGAUCAAUAGAGAUCUCAAGAGUCUGAUAUUCCAAGAGAUACAAAGGAUAGCUGAUCAAAGCAAGUUGAUGACACAUAGUAUACCAAAGACUAUAACAGUGGACAACACAAUAUGGACGAUAGAUAAUCACUUGCUUACAGGAUCAGGAAAGUUCUGUCGACGCAAGUUAUACGCUCACUACAAGGAUGCCAUCACCAAGAUGUAUGAAUCAAUCGAGAUUGUACAAUCAGCAUUGCGCGAUGAUACCAAAGUCAAUAAUGCAGCUUUGAUGGAGUAUGUCAAGAGUGUGUUGGGCGUGGACGAUCAAGUGGACAUCUCCAAGUUAUCAUUCACACAGAUUGGAGGUGAUAGUUUGGGUGCAGUGAGACUAUCAUCAUUGCUCAAGGAGAAGGUGAACAUCAAUGUCUCACCACAGUUCAUAUUGAACAAGAACAACAACCUUCAGUCUCUGGCCAGGAUGAUGGAGAUGAACAUGGACGAGUACGAGCUGCCACCUGUCAAGAUUGAUUGGGAGCAAGAGAUGGUCCUUGAAGACGCGAUACAGAUGGGCGACAAGACUAUCAAACCAAUCAAAAAUUCUGGCAACUGUGUGUUCUUGACUGGUGCCACGGGAUUCCUGGGAUCAUUCCUUCUUUUUGAACUCAUCACCAAGCCAUCAGUGGAGAGUGUGUUGUGUCUGGUGCGAUCAGUUACUAGCGAGCAAGAGGCAUUCAACAAGCUUGUACAAACACUCACAGUCAAAUAUCGUCUGGAUAUUACUGAAGAGCAAAAGAAGAAGAUAGUACCAGUGCUGGGCGACUUGGAGUUGCCACGCUUUGGCCUGAGCGAGGAGGAGUUCAUCUCAAUGGCCAAUCGCAUCGACUUCACCAUUCACAAUGGAGCCAUUGUCAACAUGUUGAUACCAUAUCCCAAUAUGCGUGCGGCUAAUGUUGGAGCAGUUCAAGAGGUGUUACGACUUGCAUGCUCUGGCGAGCAUAUCAUCAACACAUCGAUAAUAUCAACCAUUGGUACCUUUACUGAUCGUCACUAUACAAUCACAGAGAAUGCCGAGCCCACAAUGGAGCGAAUCGAUCAUAUGAAUGGAUAUAAUCAAUCAAAGUUGGUGGCUGAGCAGUUGGUAUAUGAGGCAAAGCGUCGCGGACUGCCACUCAUUCUCUAUCGACCUGGUACCAUAUUCGCACACACUGGAACAGGCAUUGACAAUGACAAUGAUUUCGUCAGCAUGACCAUCCGUGGAAUCAUAUCGAUGGGUGCAUGCCCCGUUAUGUUCAAGGAGGGUGAGGGUCUCUUCAACUUGUCACCUGUGGACUGGGUCAGCUCAUCAAUCGUUGGACUCUCACUGCAGGCGGACCUGUAUAACGAAGCUGGCAAGAGCAAGCCAAACGUGUUCCACAUGGUCAAUGAGACAUCGGUAUCACUAGAUGAUGUGUGCAGCGCCAUUCAACCACCAUUGGAGCGAUGUUCCUUCGUUCAAUGGAGAGACAAGUUGGAUGCACAGAUGGACAAUCCAUUAUAUCCACUUAGGAUGGCUUAUAGAAAUGGAUUUGGUGGAUAUGGUAAAUUCAAGAAUCCAACGACCAGCUCCAACUUGGAUCUUAUCAACAUGCCCAAGUGUCCAUACAUCACUGAUGAAAUGUUGGCCAAGAAUAUCCAACAUUUAAUGUCCAAUUUGAAUAAAUAA